AUGCCCAGUCACAGAAUGGAAUUCUGGACUAUCUCAAUUAUAAUACUUCUUUUAUUACAAAUUACAACUGGAAUACUGGGAAAUGUCUCUCUUUUUAUCUACUAUCUUGUCUACUAUACAGAACAUACAUUAAAGCCCACAGAUUUGAUUCUCAUGCAUCUAACGGCAUCCAAUACCUUGAUAGUUCUCUCUACAGGAAUACCCUACACAAUGACAGCAUUUGGGAUGAAGCAGUUUUUAAAUGAUUUUGGAUGUGAAUUGAUUUUUUACUUUCAAAGAGUAGGCCGAAGUGUGUCCGUUAGUACCACUUGUUUCUUGAGUGUCUUCCAGGCCAUCACCAUCAAUCACAGGGAAUCCUGCUGUAAGGAUCAAAAGGUAAAAGCUGCAAAGUACAUUGGAUGCUCCAUUUCCCUUCUUUGGGUCUUGUCCAUGAUUAUACAUUUCAUUUUCUUGGUGUCCAUAUUUGCCAAAAGAUCUAACAAAACCAUAACAAGAAACCGAGAUUUUGAGUACUGUUCCACAGGACGGCAUAAUGAAAUUACUGGCUUGCUCUAUGCAGCAUUGGUGGUGUGUCCUGAAAUCUUCUUUUCUGUGCUCAUUGCCUGGUCCAGUGGUUCCAUGAUUGUGAUUCUGUACCGACACAAGAAGAGAGUUCAAUACAUCCACAGCAAUCAUGUUUCCACGAGAAACUCUCCAGAAUCCAGAGCCACCCAGAAUAUUCUGGUCCUGGUGUCUACCUUUCUGGCAUUUUACACUGUCUCCUCUGUCUUACAUGGCUGCGUAGCUCUUUUGUAUGACCACAGUUGGUGGCUGCUGAACAUCACUCGCCUCACUUCUCUGUGUUUUCCAUCCUUUGCACCCUUUGUUAUUAUGAGUUAUCACUCCCUUAUGUCCAGACUCAGUUUGUUAUGGAAUAAAAUCUCCUAA